GCAACCGUAGCGAAGGGACGUGUCUUGGAAAAUUUCAAGGACCGCUGAGCAGAACUGGUUCCGUGUUUUUAUUUAAUUGUGAAGUUGGGAAUUCUUUAGAAGAAAGUUGUGGUUCCGUGACGUCUUUAUGGUAGACGAUUCUGUGAUAUAAGCAACGCGGAGCCCGUGAAAUAUGAACAUAAUAUGGUAUGGCGUAGCAAUCCUGUCAAUAAUAGAAAGAGGCGUGAAUGGACACGGCAGGCUGAUUGAACCGCCAUCUCGGGCUUCCGCCUGGCGAUUCGGCUUCGACACACCACACAACUACAACGACCACGAACUGUACUGUGGUGGGUUCACCAGGCAGUGGAACAAGAACGGCGGCAAGUGCGGCAUCUGCGGCGACGCCUGGGACGCGCCCACGCCUCGCCCCCACGAGCUGGGGGGCAGAUUUGGCAAAGGCGUGAUCGUCCGGAGAUAUGCUCCUAGAGACGUCAUCGUCAUCAAGGUCGAGCUGACCGCCAACCACAACGGCUACUUCCAAUUCAGAAUAUGCAAUGACCCCCACUCGAGUGACCAAGAAUGCAUGGACAAAUACUUGCUGCCCCUGGAAGGGCGAGAAGAAACGAAAUUCUACCCUAAAGAAGGGAAUAAGGUGUACGAAAUGAAAUAUCAGCUACCUGAAGGCUUAGAAUGCUCGCACUGUGUGCUACAGUGGAAGUAUAUCGCUGGUAAUAACUGGGGCACGUGCGAAGAUGGCAAGGGAGCGGUUGGGUGCGGACCGCAGGAAGAAUUCCGAGCGUGCGCGGAUAUAGCCAUCGGAGAUCGCUUCGCCACCUCGACGAGAAGGCCAAGGCCUACGUAUGUCUUCCCGAGCAGGAAGCCACCAACAAUCGCACCAGCACCGGAAGAAUCUACCGGAACUACCUGGUACUACAGUCUUGUCAUCGCGAUUAUCACGCUAUUCGUCGCAGUCGCGGUGUUGGCAGGCCUGUACCUGUACUACUACAGAGGUGGUAUGAAAAUAAAGGAUUUAUUGAAAUCCAAAAUGCCAGCGCCUGCGCCCGUACCUCCUCCCAGACACAAAAGAACUUCUUUAUCGAGGGAAACUCCUCCAGAGAUCUCUGCUCCGAAAUUAAUUUCUGAAUCGGGCUUCGAAACAGUAGAUCUAAGAUCGAAAUGAUGAUGAGGAUUUAGCGGUAACCGUCACUGCCUUUUUAGUCUUAAAAUAAUCUAGACAUUAUGUGUGAUUGAUUGGGUACGUUUGUGUGGAACUACCUACGU